GUAAUGGCAAGGCAUGUGAUAUCCUUGGUCAGGUGACAGGGUGUAUUAAAUGUAGGACAGGCGACUUGUCCUAAGUUCGACGGUUCAACCGGCCAAAAGACUGGGUAUCGGGCCCGUUUAACUCAGGAGGAACACCUUAGUCUCUCUUGUCUCUUUCUCCUUUCGAUAUCAAACUCGCUCGGAGUCAUGGCAGCCCCGAUCGAUCAAAAGGACACGCACUACCCCCGCCAUUCGAACGAUGUUAUUUCGGUUUUCAAUAUUCUGAAACAAUGGCUACCGUCCGAAAUCGUCCUCGAGGUGUUAGAUUACGCCGAAUAUUGGCUUCUAUCUCGGAUCUCUAGGGCAGACGAAAUGCAAUAUGAGGAGAGGGACUGUCAUGGGCAACCACCAUAUUUGACAUCGGCACCCAUUCAAGGCGAGCGGUACCCCGUGCGAAAGAUCCAAAUUACAAUCUGGAGCCAUGACCAGGGGUGGAGUAGUUAUCCCCAGGAUCAUGGCUCCUUCAAUAAUUCUUGGACAUGGUUUGACCUUAGCAUCGCCAGGCCGCCGGGGAGAGAUGAUAUCUCUAAAGAUGCGAACUUGCGGCUGGCGACUAAUGUGCACGCAAGCAAGAAAACCAUGUGCCAUGAGAUUAUCUACCAUAGGGAUCAGAACCUGCGGUGGGUUCGAAACCUUCAACCUGGCGAUCGGAUCUCUAUCAUUCCAAGGGCGUUGUACCCCGGCUGGCGGAACUUUGUGGAGAAGGCUUGCAUCGAGAUCUAUACUACGCCGAUUUUGACUUGACCAUUCCAAUUUAUCGGUGCACAGGGGAGUACCAUCAUGCUGCCCAACGAUCCAGGCGCUGCAUCUAGAGACGCGACAAUUUUCCUUCUGAAAAUUUCUCAAUGCUGACCAGAAAGUUGAGUACCACGAUUCAUAGGGAAGGCCAAGGGCUCUUUAACGCGUGUUUAGUUAAUCUUAGUGUAGG